AUGGCUGUAGUCAUCCGUUUACAGGGGCUUCCUGUUGUUGCGGGCCCUGCAGAUAUUCGUCGUUUCUUCUUGGGAUUGAAUAUUCCUGAUGGAGGUGUGCAUAUUAUUGGAGGAGAGAUUGGGGAGGCUUUUAUUAUAUUUGCCACAGAUGAAGACGCACGGCGUGCCAUGAGCUGUUCAGGAGGGUUUAUCAAGGACUCGCACAUAGAGCUGUUUCUCAGCAGCAAGGCGGAGAUGCAGAACACCAUAGAAAUGAGCCGGAAACGAUUUGACUGUGGAGGACGAGAACCUAUGUCUGGCUCUAGAAGAAUGGGUACUAACGGUUCAGGUGCUGGAGACAUGCCGCAUUUAGGCACACCUUUUCCAAAAGGAGUAAAUAAACCUGGUUACGGUCCGCCGAGUCACCCAGAGGCUGGUUUCCAUACCAAUGGCACAAGACAUGGGGAUCUAGGCAUGCCUAAGUCAAGCUAUCAGUCACUAAACGAUUCUCAUCCGUUUAUCCCAGAUGAUCUUUACUUGUUUCUCCGUGGCAUACCUUAUUCUGCGACAGAAGAUGAUGUGUGUGCUUUCCUUUCGGGGAUCCGUGUGGAUGGAGUGAUCCUGAUCAAGCGUCACAAUGGCUUAAACAGUGGCGAUUGCCUGGUAAAAUUCGCUACACCGGGUGAUGCCUUAGAGGCACUUAAACGUCACAGACAGUACAUGGGUCAGAGGUAUAUAGAAAUUAGCCCAACUACAGAGGAACGGUGGAUUGAGUACGGUGGGAUGGUAGACACGCCAGAUGAGAUGGAUCGCUUUUCCUGUGAGGACUGUUCUCCAAGAAGUUCAGGCUACAUGCAUUCUAGGAGGCAUUCACGUUCAAGGUCACCAAGGAGACAAAGAACGCGUUCUCGUUCACCUCCUCACCAGGAGUACUACAUACACUUAAGAAAUUUAUCUACUAAUCUGGAAAAGAGAGAUUUGAUAGACUUUUUUGCUGACCUGGAUAUAUGCAGCACACAAAUCAAGCUUCUGAUGGAUAAGCAUCAGAGAAGGACUCGAGAUGCCUUUGUGAUGUUAAGGAGUGAGCGAGAUUAUCACGCUGCGUUGAAAUGUCAUAGAAGGGUUCUUCUCAAUCGUUCCGUUUACAUUUUUCCAAUUUCAAGAAAGUCAAUGUUGAAAAUAAUUGAUUCUUGUGAGAGGAAAAGAUCACAGGACAGAGAUCGUUCUGGACGGUCCACACCGGAAAAAAGUUACCGGGAAGGGCAUUCUGGCCCCAAGAGAUGUGUUUACGUAAGGAAUUUUCCAUUUGAUGUUUCAAAAAUCGAAGUGCAAAGGUUCUUUGAAAGAUUUGAUGUUGAUGAAGAUGAUAUUUACUUGCUCUAUGAUGACAAAGGAGUUGGGCUGGGAGAAGCAUUAGUAAAGUUUAAAUCUGAAGAUGAAGCCAUGGAGGCAGAAAAUUUAAAUCGCCGAAGGUUCUUGGGAACAGAGGUGUUGAUAAGACUUAUAUCUGAAGACCAGAUGGAGAAGUUUGGUGUAACUGUGCCAAUGUUUACACCAAAUGAUAUGCAGGAUCAUUCACAUCCAUAUGACAGAGGUGAGCUUUCCUGUCCAAUUGGUUCACCAUCUGGGCCACCACAGGGCCCACCCAUGCACUCAUUUGGUCCCCCUGGGAAUUUUGGCCAUCCUCCUGAAUUUAGGCAUCCUCCUGAGGACUUCAUGUGCCCUCCUAAGGAUUUUAGAGGCCCUCCACCCCCCAUGGAUUUUGGUGGUGACAGUGAACCUUUUGGCAGAAUGGAGUUUGGGAAUAAUAAAAUAGGAGGCUUUUCUGAAGGAAGGUUUACACCGGAUCCAAAUUUCAGUGGUGGUUCUGAACGUGUUGUUCCUAUUCGAUUGAAAAAUUUACCUUUUAAAGCUACUCCUAAUGAGAUUCUGGAUUUUUUCUAUGGUUACAGCGUGAUACCCGAGUCAGUUUCUGUACAGUACAAUGAACAGGGAUUACCUUCAGGUGAUGCUAUUGUUGCUAUGACAAACUAUGAGGAAGCUAUGGCUGCUAUCAAUGAACUGAAUGAUAGGCCAAUUGGGCAGCGGAAAGUUAAGUUGAGCUUGCUGUGAAGGAGAAAAGAUGCUUUAGAGUGAAGCAUCCCGGAUGACAGUAUUGACAGUUGUUUUCACUUUUUUAAUCGCUGGAAGAUACAGAAGAAAGUUUCCAUCAACGGUUGUAAA